AUGGAUCCAAGCUUCCAGCAAAAACUGGAAGGUGAGAAGGAACUACUUCGCCGUGCUAUACAGAAAGAACUGAAGAUUAAAGAGGGAGCAGAAAACCUGCGCAAAGCGACAACAGACAGAAAGAAUCUUGUUCAUAUAGAGCAUGUGCUGAAAUCUUCCAACCGGAAACUGGAACAACUGCACUGGGAACUUCAGGAGCUUAAUGCAAGGAUUGUAAUCACAGACAAAGAGGAGAGUAAGACAGAUGGAUCUGUAUCUCCAGAUCCUUGUCUCUGGGAAAGAAACCCAGACCCCAUGGCAAGGAAGGUGGAAGCUCUGAAAAAGCAGCUGCAUGUUGAAAUGAAAGUGAAACAAGGAGCUGAGAACAUGAUCCAAAUGUAUUCAGCAUCCAAGGAGCGAAAGCUGCUGGCUACAGCUCAGCAGAUGCUUCAGGACAGCAAGACAAAGAUCGAAAUAAUCCGCAUGCACAUUGUGAAAGUAUCUCAGUCAGCAGGAGGGAUGGAAGAUACAGUGGAUCCAGCAGUGAGGAUGGGGACCACCAUCAGUGCUUUGGAGCUGCGUAUUGAGGAGCUGAGACAUCACCUGCGCAUAGAAGCUGCUGUAGCUGAGGGGGCAAAAAAUGUGCUGAAGAUCCUAGGAGGAAGUCGGGUACAGGAUCGCAAGUUUUUGGCUGAGGCUCAGGGUCGUUUGCAAGAGUCCUCUCAGAAGAUUGACCUGCUGCGCUUGUCCUUGGAACAUCAGCUUACUGAGCUUUCUCCUGAUCACCCAAAAAGAGCACUCGUCAAGCAGGAACUAGUAAAUACUUCCUCCCUGGGAGCUCAGCAUGGCAGCAUCCAACCCACUUCAGUCAUCAAACCUACAGCCCUAACAGGAACAUUGGAAGUGAGACUGAUGGGGUGUCAGGAUCUAUUGGAAAAUGUUCCAGGACGUUCCCGAAUGACUAGUUCUUCUCCCAUCUGUGGCAGCCCGAGUGAUUUGAGGUCCCUUUCCCGACCACGAGUUGGCCUGGGUAUCCAUGGCCGUGGUGUUGCAGGAAAGUACCUGCGGAAUGAAGAGCCUUGUAAUGAGGUCCUUGCUGUGCUCAAAGUGGACAAUAAAGUGGUUGGCCAAACAAACUGGGGACCAGUUAAUAACCAGGCGUGGGACCAGAGCUUUGUCAUUGAGCUGGACCGGUCUCGUGAGCUAGAAAUUGCAAUUUAUUGGAGAGACUGGAGAGAACUAUGUGCAGUGAAGUUUUUACGUUUGGAUGAUUUCCUUGAUAACGAACGUCAUGGGAUGUGCCUCUCGCUUGAACCCCAAGGAAUGCUUUUUGCAGAGGUGAUGUUCUGUAAUCCUGUCAUUGAGAGAAAGCCGAAACUGCAGCGACAGAAACGUAUUUUCCCCAAACAGAAAGGGAAAGAAUUUCUCCGAGCUCCUCAAAUGAACAUAAGUGUUGCUGCUUGGGGUCGCCUGAUGAUGAGUUUCCUCCCUCCGUGUAGUUCCAUGAGCACUCUGAGUCCCCCGCUUCAUGAUCCCAUUCACACAGACUUCUCUCCAGUUCCCCCGCAAAGUCAUGUUGAUUCAAUCGACUUUCCUGUGGCUAAGCUUACAUUUGCUGAUGAAGCACCACCCAAGCCUCCACGCCUUUUUCUGAUGGCCAACUCCAAAGAAUCAACACCAUCUCCUGCAGAUUCUCCGAGAAAACUGGGAAGGAGGGUGGGCAGGCUUUUAGGACCGGAUAAAAACAGCAGCAGCAACAACUCUUCCUUGUUUGUCUGCAGGAAAAGGACAGUUCAGCUUGCGGAUUUUCACUGCAUCGCUAUGUUGGGACGUGGCCACUUCGGGAAGGUACUGCUGGCCCAAUACAAGCCAACUGGGAAGCUGUAUGCUAUCAAAGCCUUGAAGAAAAAAGAUAUUAUUAGGAGAGACGAAAUUGAUAGCUUGAACUGUGAGAAGCGAAUAUUUGAAGUGGUCAAUUCUUCUGAUCAUCCAUUCCUUGUGAAUAUGUUUGCAUGUUUCCAGACACCUCAUCAUGCUUGUUUUGUGAUGGAAUAUACGCCGGGUGGUGAUCUUAUGAUGCGCAUACAUGAAGACGUCUUUCCGGAGCAUAUGGCACAGUUUUAUACAGCCUGCGUAGUCUUGGGGCUCCAGUUCUUGCAUGAGAAGAAAAUUGUUUAUAGGGACCUGAAAUUGGAUAAUCUGCUUUUAGAUGCUGAAGGAUUCGUCAAGAUCGCAGAUUUUGGAUUGUGUAAGGAAGGAAUAGGUUUUGGAGACCGCACAAACACCUUCUGUGGCACUCCUGAAUUUCUGGCUCCGGAAGUCCUGACGGACGUCUCGUACACUCGGGCAGUAGACUGGUGGGGAUUGGGUGUACUCAUUUAUGAGAUGCUUGUUGGUGAGUCACCAUUCCCUGGAGAUGAUGAGGAAGAAGUCUUUGACAGUAUUGUAAAUGAUGAAGUCCGGUAUCCACGAUUCCUUUCAUCUGAGGCACUUUCUAUAAUCCGUAAGCUUCUUCGGAAAUGUCCAGAGCGUAGACUGGGAGCAGGGGAAAAAGAUGCAGAAGAGAUUAAAAUCCAGGCCUUUUUUAAGGAAAUUGAUUGGGAUGCCUUGUUUGCCAGGACUCUGAAGCCCCCUUUUCUGCCCACUUUAAGAGAUCCGACUGACGUCAGCAACUUUGAUGAAGAGUUUACAUCGCAAAAGCCAAUCCUUACUCCUCCAGAGGAGGUUGCUCUCCUAACCCGUAAGGAGCAGACUGUCUUCAAGGACUUUGACUUUGUCUCCAGGCACCUUUUAGAUGUUUGAUUCCUGUGCUAUAAGAAACAUGAACAGGUUGUUACCACCUUGAGAGAGUGUAGAGGACUUGGCAUGAGCAAUGGAAAAGUCAACAGAAUUCCUAGAGCUGGUAGUGCUGAUGACCCCAGGAUGAGAGUGCCCUGCAACCUGAGUUAACCUACUGUGGUUUUUUCGGCCUCAUUUG